AUAGUUUUUUUCUUUCAAAACCGGUAACUAAUUGUUCCAUAAAUGAAUCAUUGUGCCUAUGAAGAGAGACUUGACUGCUUCUGAUAGAGCCGGGACAUUACCAGUAUUGCGAUACUCGAUAGUAUCGUGGCAAGGGAACGCAACAUGAAGCGGAUUCUUUAGGAAAAUGAGUCAACUGUUAGAAACACUUCCAGAGUCCCAUUAUAUUUAGUUUCUAAGAUGAGCACACACUAUUUUAUAUGCAGCUGGUUUUUAAAGGGCCAAAGAGUUUGGUCUACAUUGUUUUCAUUUUUUUGCAUGGAGAAAACAUUGCAAUACUGCUAUCGUCACAGCCGUAGCUGCUGACAAGGGUACACUUCAGGACUCCAGAUGGGAGUGGAAUGUGCAUCCCAAAUGCCACCCUAUUCACUACAUAGUGCACUUUUAAUCAGGCCAAAGUCUUCUCUUGACCUGGGCAAAAGUAGUGCACUAAAUAGGGAAUGGGGUUCCAUUUGACACAGCUGGUGAGAAGGCUGAGGAAACAACUCUAGUUUGCCUAGGGCCCCCAGAGCAGUGAAACCAUAAACACACACUCCGCCUAGAUGAUGUACAAGUCUGGGCCUACGCUGUGCUUGUGCUGUGUUGACAGGCUGCCAAGGGCAAGGUGCCCACGUUUGUCUGAGAGCCAGAGGCUCUUUCAUUUUAGUACUGUUGGCCAGCACGCUCAGACGAGCACUGCCCCAGGCCCUGUUCAGAGCCAGAGGACACUGUUCAAAUUUAAUACACUGUUUUAUCCACUGGUGUUUUGUAGUUAUUUCAAAGGACUGUCAUUAUUUGGUUGUUGUAAAGUGCAUCUGCAAGGUGCCUCGUCCAAACUAGUCCCCAGACUUUGGAACAGGAGCAGGAAUGCGAGUGAGCCUACAAAUUGCCUUUGCUAUAAGUGGAGGAGUGUACGUGGGUUCUGCACCUGGAGGAAAAACCUAAUAAAUCAGUGUGUGACUGCUAACCAUUCCAGGACUUUUACUCCUGCCUUGCCAAGUCUUGCUGUGUACUUUUGAUUUUCCAGUCCUUUGUUGUUGUUUUUCUAGUACUUUCAAACAAUGACUAGUUUUGUCACCUGAAAUCUCUUUGAAAAGGCUGCCGUUUCUGUCAGUACUGAUUUGACACUUGAUUUGUUCCUGGCCUCAUGGAUCAGAUGGCAGCAGUUGGUGUGACCGUGAUUGACGUUCACUCUGACUUAAAUACUCCUCUCUCUAGGCAUCCGUUACCUCAGACUCCCAGCUGACCCUGUCAAUUUAGCUAUUCAAGUGCUUGGACUUUGUUUAAUAUGUAGGGCCUGUUGGGCAGAGGUAUAUUGUUCAAUAAUUUGCCCUCAUCUCUGAACUUCUCCCUGUGGUCCUGUGUGGCUCAGUUGGUAGAACAUGGCGAUUGCAACGGAGGGUGGUUUCCUGCUGGGGCCACACCCCAAAAUGAACACCAUCUCCAGAGAGCCAUGUCGGCCCAGUCGGUGUAUGGAGAGAAACACAACAUGGUCAUCCCCGUCCCGGAGGCAGACGGCAACAUCGCCUACUACGAGUCCCUCUACCCAGGGGACUUCAAGAUGCCAAAGCAGCUUAUUCACAUACAGCCUUUCAGCCUGGACACGGAGCAGCCGGACUAUGAUCUGGACACAGAGGAUGAGGCCUUUGUUCACAAACUGAAGAAGAAGAUGGAGAUCACCUUUUUACAGUUUGAGGAGAUGAUCGACCGACUGGAGAAAGGCAGUGGGCAGCAGGCGGUGAGCCUGCAGGAGGCCAAGCUGCUGCUGAAGGAGGAUGACGAGCUGAUCAAGGAGGUGUUUGACUACUGGACCAGGAAGAGGAAAAACAACAAGCACGGCACGCUGCACCCCACUGUGAAGCAGGAGAAGAGGGACGGAUCCAGCACCUCAGACCCCUACGUGGCCUUCCGCAGGAGGACGGAGAAGAUGCAGACCAGAAAGAACCGUAAGAACGAGGAGGCUGGUUAUGAGAAAAUGCUGAAGCUGCGGAGGGACCUGAGCCGAGCUGUCACCAUCCUGGAGAUGAUCAAGAGGAGGGAGAAGAGCAAGAGAGAGCUGCUGCACCUCACCCUGGAGAUCGUAGAGAAGAGGAAUGGCAUGUCCGACUUUGGUGGUGAGAUCAUGGCUGAAGUGCUGGCCCAGCGUGCACUGGACAAGCCUGCCCAUAUUAUCCCUCUGGUGCCGCUGACCAACAGCAACCAGUACAGACAUCAGGACCACAUGGACCUCAAGGACUACAAGUCCAAGCCGGAGAAGACCGAGGUCGUCAGGCAGAAGAGGAAGUAUGAGAAGAAGCCUAAAGUCUUACCCCUGUCAGCUGCUGCCCUCCACCACUCUGGUCCCUCUGUGUUCAAUGCUAAGGACGUCCACCAGUAUGACUUCCCCAGCUCAGACGACGAGCUGCACUCCCAGAUGCACUCAGGUUCCUCAGAAGCUGAGGAGGAGAACGACCCAGACGGUUCUUUUGCCUUCCGGAGGAAAGCAGGCUGUCAAUAUUAUGCCUCUCAGUUGGACCACGGGGGCAGCUGGCCGUGGGUCAGUCCGUCAGAGGGCGGCCUGGGAGACACUCGUUACCGCUACUGCCUCACCACCCUCAACGUGCCACCACGCUGCCUGGGCAUGGCGCGACGACGCCUGGGACGAGGGGGAAGGGUUUUGCUGGACAGGGCGCACACAGACUUUGACAAUGUAUUUCAUGGGCUGGACUCGGAAAUGCUUGACCUGCCGCCCCACUCUCCAGUCACAGACAAGUUUGCUAGUACCUCACAAACAAAUACCUCGGACAGAACCUCUUCUUAUUCAUCCUCUUCUGCAGACCUCAGUCAGAUACUGUUGAACAUUAAGUCGAGCCGAUGGAGGCACUUUAGGCCCCGGACACUAUCACUACACGACGAGGACAACGUGGUCACAGACCCCUUGUUCAGGAGGCUGGGCAGGGGCCUGAGUCGCAUCACCUCUACCCUGGCUGGCACCACUGGCCCCCUGAGAGGAGCUGGCCCCCCGGCCCCCACAGCUGCUUUUACCGCCCAACAAUACCAGCAGCAUCAGGAGCAGCUGGCCUUGAUGCAGAAACAGCAGCUGGAGCAGAUCCAACAGCAACUGCAAGCCAACAGCACCACCACCACCACUACCAACAGCACGCAGGUUUUGGUGUCCAAGACGUUAGAUUGUGCCUGUGCCCAGUUUGCUGCCUCUGCCCUGGUGACCACAGACCAGCUUCUGGCCUUGAAGACCAAGGAUGAGGGUGGACCGGGCAGUGGGGUCAACGGGGUCCUUCCACCCUCAGGUGUCUACAAGGGCUUUCACCUCACUAGCACAGCAGCCCCCACCUCCACCCCUCUGACCACCACUACCCCCUCCUUCCCCUUCCUGUUGCCCAGCACCAACAGCAACAACGGCACCACCACUCAGGUCCUGAUGGGGAACAACAACAACCUCCGUCUGAGCAUGUCCUCCCCCGGGGGACUCCUCACCAAGCGCCACAUACCCCGGACGCUAAGCCACGCUCCCGUUGCCGUGUCGUCAUCUGCCUUAAAGUUGGCUGCCACCGCUAACUGUCAAAUGCCUAAGGUCUCCACAAACACCCCGUCAAUGGACCUGGUGCCAAGGGAAAAUCAGGAUCAAGAAAAGCCAGCACUAAACAGCAUUUUGGACAACACAGUGGCUAUGGAGGUCACGUGACCUCGGAACACGGACUGGACUGUGGGCUCACCCGGGAACUCAUUUAGGUGCUAUGCAUCGUAGAGUUGUGAAUGCAAGGAAUGGGUAGUGGAAUGCGCACACAGCAUACAACGCUGUCUCCAUGGUGACGGUCGGGACUUAAUUGCAAUGGUCGUCUCGUACUUUUUUCAUUUCCUAUUUGUUACUGUUGAUAAGAAAUAUCAACAUCUGUAAUUAUGAAUAUGGCAAUUAUUUGUACAGUACCAGAUAUUUGUAAUACCCCCCCCCUUGUAUAUAAUGUUACUUGAAUACGGAAAUUGUUCAUUUGAUGUUUUGCACUUGGGAUUUUUUUUUUUAAAUGUAAAAAGACAAACUGCAGCUGGUUCGAGUGUGAGGUGGGUGUGAGUUGUACAACAGUGUCAUCACGUCAGUGCAUGGUGUGGAACCUGCUGUUUUAUCUAUUUAUUGUGCCGUGUUUACAGUUUGUUUUUUGUUUUUUUGUCCCCACUGUACCCUCAUUGGUUCCUGUGCUGUAGUCUGGGUUUAGGUAGCUAUGAACUUCUCUGUAUUUGUUCAUUGUAUCAUGUGGAAACAAAUGGUGACAUGCAUUCAUUCAUACAGAGUUGGUGGGUGUGGAUUUAAGGCAUCGGUUUGUCAGUCAGGGUAAUCACUUAAGAUCUUCCAUUUUAAAUUGUUCAUGAGACAAAGUACCACAAUGGGAAUGAAGUCUGUUCCUAGAAGUCACUGCUGCUUAACUAAGCACUAUUUUUGUUUCAAUGAAUGCUGCUUUUAUAUGAUUUAGGGCUCUGGUUUGUUUUCACAUCAGUACCUUUUUUUUUAAGACCCCUUCCUCAAUUAUUUUGUGAAAAAUGUAAUUAUUUUUGUAUCCCCCUUCCGUUUCUGAUGAUGAUUGUAUGUUCCUCGUUGAAAGACUUCAUUAUUUUGUUACUUGUUGAUGAAAUGCGAUCGGGUAGAGGAAUGUAGUAACGUCUUGAUUACAUGUAUCAUUCCGGUUUAUACAUAACAGGGGGAAACAUGUAUAAAAAGGCAGAUUUCUUUCCUUUUAGGAUAAUCUCCAGAACGCUGUGAGGCCAAGAUGAACCACAAGUAUCGGGUGCCUUCCUUUGGAAAUACCAGCUCUCUUCUGUGAAGAGUAUGGUACUAAACAUGGCUACUAGUUAGUUGUUGUUGUACCACCAAUAUGAAUGCCAAUUCCAAUGGCAUAAUUGAUAAAACUUUUUUUUUUUUUUUUUUAUCCACAAAAUGAAAAAUUAUCUUCUCACAAAAAAUAAAAACCCAGGGCAUUAUGUGUUUGGACCAGCAUGUA